GGUCCAUAGACCCUUUUCAGGAACUGAGAAAUUAAGCCAAAACAGUCUGAUAUUCGAUUUGUGGGGCAGUGAAUUUGAGAUUCAGUUAAUAUGGAUAAGAGCAUGCUAGGAGAUCUGAAUUCACUUCCAGCUGAAGAUCAGCAGAGAAUGGCCUCCAUGAUCGACCAGCUCCAAAUCCGCGACAGUUUAAGGAUGUACAACUCACUUGUUGAGAGAUGCUUCAAUGAUUGUGUUGACACUUUCAAGCACAAAUCACUGCAGAAGCAAGAGGAAACCUGUGUUAAACGAUGUGCUGAGAAGUUUCUCAAGCAUUCAAUGCGCGUCGGUAUGAGAUUUGCAGAGCUCAACCAGGGAGCUGCAACCCAGGACGAAUAGCCCAAGGGUAGAGAGCUUAGAAGCCAUUACGCUUGUGUUUGCUUUUCUGUUUUGUUUCAAAAGAAGACAUGAUGUUGUAGUUGUACCGAUUUCAUUUCAUGCUUUUCUUGUCUAUGGGAGAAACAGCAAACAGUAUUCUGUAGAUACAAUGCAAUCAAAAGUGUGUUAAGAGAUUCCAUUCUUACAAAUUUCAGUCAGCAGUCCACUUUUGAAUAUGAGGAAUAAAUGUUUUUGUAGAAUUUGCUUCUUUACCUGUAUGGAACGUACUUGCGUUUGUCAGAUUUGUUUUUGCAAAGAAAUACCAACUCGUGCUUUGU